GCCCCUUGCCGGGAAGCGACGCCUGGCCGACGCGCCGCUCGACGCAACCGGAAGAACGCGCUCCACGGCGGAGGCUUUACUUCUUUAUCCGCAAUGAUGCCGAUGGUCGGCGCUGUCCGCAGCGCGUCGCUCGCCGGUAUUAAUACACCAUAGCCCACUCAUCCAAGUGCAUAUUCCUCCACCACCACUCGCCACAGCCACUCGAGAGCUCAAAGAUUCGCUACCAGCAGCUUAAUUAGUAGCCAUCCAUGUCGACCACCGACGGCCAGAAGCAGAUGCAGAAGCCGCAGGCGCCACCGGCGGCGCUGUCCGCGGCCGGGCACGACGAAGCGGAGACCAAGAAGCUCUUCUCCCGCUUCGACGCGGACGGCGACGGCCGGAUCUCCCCGUCCGAGCUGGCCGCGGUGGCGGGCGCCAUCUCGCCGCCGCCGACCGAGUCCGUGAGGGGCCGGGAGGUGGGCGCGAUGAUGGACGAACUCGACGCCGACCGCAACGGCUACGUGGACCUAGGCGAGUUCACGGCCUUCCACGCCCCCGGCGGCCGCGACCUGGACGCCGAGCUGCGCGACGCCUUCGACGUCUACGACAUCAACGGCGACGGCCGCAUCUCCGUCGCCGAGCUCAGCAAGGUCCUGGGACGGAUCGGCGAGGGCUGCAGCACUGAGGAGUGCGAGCGCAUGAUCGCCUCCGUCGGCGUCGACGGCGAGGGCUUCGUCGGAUUCCAGGAGUUCAAGAAGAUGAUGUCCCCUGACGCCGCCGGCGCACAAGCCAAGCCGCAGCCUGCCGCUAGCGUCACCGACGACAAGCCCAAGACGGAGUGAGAUCCAUUCCUCGCCUGUGCCGAUAAUCACGGUGACAAAUGGAGGUGCCUGCCAGUCCGUGUGUAUCUUGCGUAUUCUGUCGAUGUUGAGAUGAUAAAUAUGGCAGUAAGGAUGAAUGUACAAUGUGUGUAUGCAAACCUAACACCGUGACGAUUCCCCGUGCGGUUUGGUUGUAAUUUGUACUCUAGUUGCAAAAUGGGAAUAAGGAUGAAUGUAAUAUCCGUUAUUAAUAUCAACGCGGUACAACAGAACA